AUCCAUCCCCCUCCUUAUCCUCUCCUUCCUUGUCGCCAUGGCCACGGCCACGGGCAUCGGCACCGGCGUCGCCAUGGCUCCCCUCCUCUCCCCCGCCGCCGCUCACUCGCACAUCCCCUCCGCCCUCGCCACCCGCCGCUCCCGCCCACGCACACGCCCACGCCGUCUCCACGCGCCUGCUCCGGCGGCCCACUCCGGCUCCGACGGGGCCCCGUCCGCGCUCUCCUCGACCGCAUCCUCCGGCUCCGGCAGCAAGGGGGCCGGCGCGCUGACCUUCCAGCAGGCCAUCCAGCGGCUCCAGGAGUACUGGGCCUCCGUGGGGUGCGCCGUCAUGCAGUGCAGCAACACCGAGGUCGGCGCCGGGACGAUGAACCCCCUCACGUUCCUCCGGGUGCUGGGCCCCGAGCCGUGGAACGUCGCCUAUGUGGAGCCGAGCGUGAGGCCCGACGACAGCCGCUACGGCGACAACCCCAACAGGCUCCAGCGCCACACCCAGUUCCAGGUGAUUCUGAAGCCCGAUCCGGGGAACUCGCAGGAUCUCUUCCUGCACAGCCUUUCAGCGUUAGGCAUCAAUGUUCGCGAACACGACAUCCGUUUCGUCGAAGACAACUGGGAGAGUCCUGUUCUUGGAGCUUGGGGGCUGGGCUGGGAGGUUUGGAUGGACGGCAUGGAGAUCACACAGUUCACAUAUUUUCAGCAGUCUGGAAGCCUCCCCUUGCUGCCAGUUUCUGUCGAAAUAACAUAUGGACUGGAACGUAUCCUCAUGUCACUUCAGGGAGUAGAUCAUUUCAAAAAGAUUCAGUAUACCGAAGGAAUCACGUAUGGGGAACUAUUCCUUGAGAAUGAGAAAGAGAUGAGUGCAUAUUAUUUGGAGCAUGCAAAUGUUGAUCACAUUCAAAAGCACUUUGAUGAUUUCGAAGAAGAGGCUCGGUCUUUGUUAUCACUUGGGCUGCCAAUUCCUGCGUAUGACCAGGUUCUGAAGGCCUCUCAUGCUUUUAAUAUUCUAGAUUCUAGAGGCUUUGUUGGUGUAACUGAGCGUGCAAGAUAUUUUGGACGCAUGCGAAGUCUUGCUCGUCAAUGUUCUCAGCUUUGGUUGAAAACACGAGAGGAAAUUGGUUAUCCACUGGGCACUUACCAGGAGGCUAGUCUUGUAUACCCCCAUGUCUCUGAAAAGCUCAGCAGAAAGGAAGUGCUGGGGCAGGCACAGACGUUUGUUCUUGAAAUAGGAACAGAAGAGUUGCCGCCCCAUGAUGUGGUAGAAGCAACUGAACAACUUGAGAAAUCUCUAGUUCAAAUACUAGGGAAGCGUAGACUGAGCCAUGGGAAGGUGCACUCCUAUGGGACACCACGGAGAUUAGCGGUUGUUGUUGAAAAUCUAAGUCUGAAGCAAAUGGAAGAAGAGGUUGAGUUACGCGGUCCACCAGUUACAAAGGCAUUUGGCCAAGAUGGAAAACCCACUAAGGCCGCUGAGGGGUUUUGUCGAAAAAAUAAUGUUCCCUUCGAUUCCUUAUAUAGAAAAAUUGACGGUAAAACGGAGUAUAUAUAUGCCAGUGUCAAAGAGUCUGCACGCUAUGCUGACGAGGUCCUAUCUGAAGAUUUACCUAGUAUUAUAUCUGGCAUUUCAUUCCCCAAGUCAAUGCGCUGGAACUCAAAUAUUGUAUUUAGUCGCCCUGUACGCUGGAUCAUGGCACUUCAUGGAGAUCUUGUUGUGCCAUUUUCUUUUGCUGGCAUCUCAAGUGGGAGCCAGUCAUGUGGCCUUCGUAACUCCUCUUCGGCGAAUUUUAAGGUGGAAACUGCAGAAUCAUAUUUGCACACUGUGGAAAAAGCUGGGAUCGUGAUUGAUAUGCAGGAGCGUAGAGCAAAAAUCUUGGAUGACUCUAGUACAUUGGCUAAAGGAGUUGAUGGGGAUUUCAUUGCACCAGAAAGCUUGCUGCAGGAGGUUGUCAAUCUUGUGGAGGCGCCUGUGCCCAUUCUUGGACGAUAUGAUGAUUCCUUCCUAGAACUUCCGAAAGAUGUGUUAACAACGGUUAUGCAGAAACACCAGAGGUAUUUUCCCGUAACCUCCACUACAGGCGAUUUGCUACCAUAUUUUAUCACUGUUGCUAAUGGUUCUAUUAGUGAAGAAGUGGUCCGGAAAGGCAAUGAAGCUGUACUCAGGGCAAGGUAUGAGGAUGCCAAGUUCUUCUAUAACAUGGAUACACAGAAGAACUUGUCCGAAUUCCGAGGCCAGCUCAAGAGCAUUCUCUUUCAUGAAAAACUUGGUACAAUGCUCGACAAAAUGGUGCGUGUUGAAAAUGUUGUCGCAGAGUUGACCCUUGUUCUCGGGAUAAACGAGGGGAUGAUCCCAGUUGUCAAAGAUGCAGCUGCAUUGGCGAUGUCAGAUCUUGCCACUUCCAUUGUUACGGAAUUUACUUCACUUGCGGGAAUUAUGGCACGCCAUUAUGCUUUAAGGGAUGGUCUUCCAGAAGAGAUUGCAGAAUCACUAUUCGAGAUAACACUUCCAAGGUUCUCUGGCGAUGUUUUACCAAAAACAGAUGUUGGCAUAGUCCUUGCGGUUGCUGAUAGAUUGGACAGCUUAGUGGGUCUGUUUGGAGCUGGAUGCCAGCCAAGUUCUUCGAACGAUCCAUUUGGACUGAGAAGGAUCUCUUAUGGACUGGUCCAAAUAUUGGUUGAGAACAAGAAGAACUUUGACCUCACGAAGGCCUUGACCUUGGUGGCAGAGGUGCAGCCUAUCAGAAUAGACAGUGACGUCAUAAAAGAGGUAGUACAAUUUGUAACACGGAGACUGGAACAACUUUUGGUGGAUGAAGGAAUUAACUAUGAAAUAGUCCGGUCAGUGCUUAUGGAGCGUGCAAACUGCCCUUACCUAGCAUCACAAACGGCAGCUGAAAUGGAAGCUUUUUCAAGAACUCAAGAUUUUCCAAAAAUUGUCGAGGCGUAUUCAAGGCCGGUUCGAAUUAUACGUGGGAAGCAAAUUGAGUCUGCUUGGGAGGUCGACGCAAGCGCAUUCGAGAAAGAAGAAGAAAAGGCCUUGUGGAGCGCCUACUUGGAGGCUGCCGAUAAGAUCCAUUCUGGAGUUGACGUCAAAACCUUUGCCGAGGCCUCCCUGCUUCUGAUACAACCCCUGGAGGAUUUCUUCAACAAUGUUUUCGUCAUGGCGGAAGACGAGAGGAUCCGCAACAAUCGGCUGGCGCUGCUGCAAAAGGUUGCGAGUUUGACCAAGGGGAUCGCCGACCUCUCGGUUUUACCAGGGUUUUAGUUAGCCUUGGAGCGAGCAGGCGGUCGAGUUAGAGGAUACGUCACAUUUUUGAGCUGGUGCCCUCAAGUUGGAGCCAUUAUUUUUUUUACAUUUGUUACUGGUCAUUCAUCUGGGGGAAAAUUACCGGGUGAAGAAUGAGAAUGAGAAUGUAACAACAGGUCCUUUCAUAGCAGUUGGUUCAAUUCCCAGGGUUUCUGUAUUAGUAUGUUGUUUAUGCUACUACCUGUGUUCCUAAAUAUAAGUCUUUUUUAGAUAUUCCACUCUAAAAAGACUUAUAUUUAGGAACGGAGGGAGUAGUUGAUUAAAUGCAUUUUCUUCUUC